CCUUAGCACACACCAGACCCCUUCUCUCAUGACUGGAAAACUCUCCAACCACCUCAUCCACCACUGAGUGCAAACGACACACAGAGGAUAAUGUUACCCUGUUCAAACUUUGCUGUGGUCCUCUGUCUCCUGCAAGUGCUCCUCAUUACUGCUGACAUAGACAGCGGCUCCUUCCUGAUCUUCAAUGAGAACCACAACAAGUGCAUAAAGGUUGAGAGUGCCACCUCCCUGACGGUGGCCGUUUGUGAUCCUCACGCCAAAGAGCAGCAGUUUCGUUGGGCAUCGGAAUCGCGCAUCCUCAGUCUGUCCCUCAAGCUUUGUCUGGGGGCCACAGAGAUUAAAGACUGGGUGAAGGUGGUCCUCUUUGAUUGUGAUGAGAAUAGCGAGCUCCAACAUUGGCAGUGCAAGAAUGAGACCCUCUUUGGCCUAAAAGACCAGGACCUGCAUUUAAACUGGGGCAACCGCAAUGAGAGGAACAUAAUGAUCUACAAAGGCUCAGGGUUGUGGAGUCGCUGGAGGAUAUUUGGCACCCGGGGUGACCUUUGUUCAAAGGGGUAUCAAGAGAUUUUCACAAUAGGGGGCAAUGCCUUCGGAGGUCCUUGUCAGUUCCCAUUUCGGUUUAUGGAGAAGUGGUACGCUGAAUGCACAAAGGUCGGUCGCUCAGAUGGACAGCUGUGGUGUGCAACAGAGAGAGAUUACGAUAAGGAGAAAAAGUGGGGCUUCUGUCCCACCAAAUCAUCCUCAGGUUGGGACACUGACCCGGUCACAGGGGUUCAGUAUCAGAGGAACACACAGUCAGUGUUGACCUGGCAUCAGGCAAGAAAGAGCUGCCAGCAGCAGGGAGCCGACCUCCUCAGCAUUGUAGAGCUACAUGAACAGUCAUACAUCUCAGGGUUGACUAAUACCUUGGGGACAUCUCUGUGGAUUGGACUGAACAGCUUGGACUUUGAGAGUGGAUGGCAGUGGAGCAACGGAAACCCAUUCAGAUAUCUAAACUGGGCCCCAGGUCAUCCCUCAUCAGAGCCAGGGCUUACCUGCGCAACUCUAAACGCUGGAAAAGCCUCAAAAUGGGAGAGCAGCGCCUGCACCAAGAAACUUGGUUACAUUUGUCGCAAAGGGAACUCCACCAGUCUGCCCCCACCACCGAACAAAAACCAGCCCAGCUUCUGCCCCAGUCACUGGGUUCCAUACGCAGGUAACUGUUACUACCUGGAGAGGAGCAAGAAGAUGUGGAGGGAUGCUUUGGCUGCGUGCCGCACACAGGGUGGCGAUCUGGCCAGCAUACACAAUAUAGAAGAGCAGAGCUUCGUAAUAUCUCAAUCUGGAUACUUGCCGACAGAUGUGCUCUGGGUCGGCUUGAAUGAUCAGAGGAACCAGAUGCUGUUUGAAUGGUCUGAUCACUCCCAGGUUACCUUCGCCCAGUGGCAGACUGGUGAGCCAUCUCAUGCCACCAACCACCAGGAAGACUGUGUCCUCAUCAGAGGAAAGGACGGGAAGUGGGCUGACAACAUGUGUGAGAAGACAUAUGGAUACAUCUGUAAGAAGAAGGCCUCCAUCAAACCAGGUGAAGGCGCCCAAGAGGAAGCCAACCCAGGAUGCAAGCUUGGCUCGAUCCGGUUUGGUUCUUAUUGUUACAACAUCGGAUCUGAGACAAAAACUUUUGAUGACGCAAAGCGAGCAUGUUCAGAGGCUGGUGGUAACCUGGUGGAUGUGGCUGAUAGAUAUGAGAACGCCCUCUUGGUCAGUUUAGUGGGUUUGAGACCAGAGAAGUAUUUCUGGACAGGUUUGUCCAACACAGACGACAGAUCCACUUUCAAGUGGAGCACCAGAAGAAAAGUCACAUUCACUAAUUUUAAUGUGGGCAUGCCAGACAGAAAACAAGGAUGCGUUGCCAUGACAACAGGGGUUUUUGCUGGAUUAUGGGAUGUCGUGAGCUGCAGCAACAAGGAGAAGUAUAUCUGCAAGAAACCAGCAGAGGGUGUUCACGUGACAACAGUUCCACCCACCACCCCAACCCUGAGCUGUGAGCCGGGGUGGACCCCUGCAGGCAGGAGGAACGUCUGCUACAAAUUUUACAGAAAAGCAAACAGCCUCAAGAGAACUUGGCAUGAAGCGCAGGACUUCUGCAAGGCCAUUGGUGGGGAUCUGAUGAGCAUACACAGUAUGCAGGACCUGAACAAUGCUCCGUUUCAUUCCUCUGAUCCUGCCUGGAUUGGCUUCAGCCUGGGUACCAAUAAAGGCUUUGUCUGGAGUGACGGGUCGGCUUCCGACUACGAGAACUGGGGCUUUGGUGAACCAAACAACCACAAUGAUGAUGAACACUGUGCAGAAGUCCAGUUUUACUACGGGCGGCACUGGAAUGAUCGGCACUGCGAGGCCUACAAUAACUGGGUCUGCCAGAUACGCAAAGGUGUGACUCCAAAACCUGAGCCUACCAUAAUUGUGCCAGUAUACAACACCACAGAGGAUGGCUGGCUUAUAUACAACGACACGCAGUAUUUCAUCAACACUGACAACCUGGAUAUGGAAGCUGCUCGAGCCUUCUGCAAGAAGGGCUUUGGUGACCUUGCGAUCAUCACAGGGGAGAGUGAGAGGAAGUUCAUUUGGAAACAGAUAGCGAAAGGCCCCGAUGCGCAGUACUACAUUGGCAUGACGGUGAAUUUGGAUAAAUCAUUUAGCUGGGUGGAUGGCACCCCUAUAACAUACACUGCAUGGGAACAGAAUGAGCCCAACUUCGCUAAUAAUGAUGAAAACUGUGUGACUAUAUACAAGAGCAUGGGCUACUGGAAUGAUAUUAACUGUGGCAUGGAGCUACCUUCUGUUUGCAAGAGAAGCAGUAGUUUUGUCAAUACAACUGUGGCCCCAACCGGUGUUCCUACAGGAGGAUGUGCUCCAGAGUGGCUGUCUUUUCAUGGAAAGUGCUACAAAAUUGUGGGGGAUGACAAUAAGAGCUGGCAGGAGGCCAGGAAGUACUGCAUCAACCAGGGAGGAAAUCUGGUUUCUAUCCUCAGCGAAAGAGAGCAAGCAUUCCUAACAACACAGAUGCUGAAAUACAAUGAUGAUUUCUGGAUUGGCAUGAAUGAUGUCAACUGGGAGAUGCACUUUGUGUGGACGGACGGCAAAGGCACUUCAUACACCAACUGGGCCAAAGGCCAUCCGACGACAGUGCCUGACGGACGCUAUGCGUUUAUGGAUGAGACAUUUGACUGUGUGAUUAUGGUGGGCAGCGUGUCCAAAAUAACAGGACUCUGGAAGGUGGAAGACUGCCACUCAAAACAUAGCUUCAUCUGUAAAAGAAACAUUGAUUCUCAGAUUGUAGUCCCGCCCACAACGGUGUCGCCCAAGGCUUUCUACAAACUUGGCAAUGACUCCUACAAACUGGUGACCCAGAAGAUGAGAUGGGAUGAGGCGAGGAGGCAGUGCCAAGCAGACGAUGCAGAGCUGGCCAGUAUCCUGAAUCCUGUAAGCCAGGCCUACGUCAGCUUGCAGAUUUCCAAGUACAACGAGCCCGUGUGGAUUGGCCUCAACAACAAUGUGACUGGUGGGCGGUUCAAGUGGGUUGAUAACUGGCUGUUGUCUAAUACCAAAUGGGGCACAGAUGAGCCUAAACUCAACUAUGGCUGUGUGUAUGUAGAUGUAGACAAAAAAUGGAAGACUGCACCAUGCACCAAUACCUACUAUUCCCUUUGCAAGAAGUCACCAGAUGUAGCUCCCACUGAGCCCCCACAGCUCCCCGGAAGCUGUCCAAAGAAGCGAAAACCCUGGAUACCUUUCAGAGGCCAUUGUUAUCUCUUCCUCAGCUCAAUGGUGGACAACUGGGCCCAUGCCUCGGUUGAAUGUCUGAAAAUGGGUGGUUCUCUGUUAAGCAUUGAGGACCCUCAAGAGGGUAUGUUCAUACAACAGAACCUGGAGCUUCUACAGGAUGGUGCCAAGUCCUUCUGGAUUGGCCUCUACAAGAGUCAUGAAGGUGAGUGGAUGUGGAUCGAUAACAGUGCUGUGGACUACACCAACUGGAAAACAGGGAUGCCAAAGUCAGAGUCAUGUGUGGACAUCAGUUCUGAAACUGGACAGUGGAGCACAAACAGCUGCGGCAGAUAUAGGUCUUACAUCUGCAAAACAGCCAAAGUUAUUACACCUACAGAAAAGCCACCAUCUGUUGCCCACGUCGUUAAAGAAGCUUCUACAGGGUCUGCUGGCAUCACUGUGGCUGUAGUACUAGUCGUAAUUGCCAUAGUCGGACUUGGUGCCUUCUUCCUCUUGCGCAAUCGGAUACCCAGGAUACCCACCCCCGUCUUGGGAGAAAGCACCUUUGACAACAAGUUAUACUUCACCAAUCCUCUCCGAGCUCCUGUAGACACCAAAGGUCUGGUGGCCAACAUAGAGCAGAAUGAACAAGCAUAGAAAGACAAGAGAUCGGUGGUGAUCAGAACCAUGACAAUGAUACGAUCAGAGAUUUCCAUCUUGGUUUCUGUCUUUAUGUGGGGUCACUUUAAUGGGAACUAAACCAUCUCAACCAAACCCUGUCGUGUUUUUCCACAUCAAGAAGACUGGAUCAAAGAUAAUGAUUCAUAAUUGAUUCAUAAGUAUCUUACAAUAAUUCAUACAAGCACUGGCGCUACACUAAGCGAAUUUGGGACAAGAUAAUAUGAGUGAACAAUCUUUAACGAAAUUUACAUGAUUAUGUGAUUUGUGAAAUGUGUACAGACUAUUUUUUACUUUUACCAAUCAACAUAACUAAGAGCAUUUGUAAAACAAACACUAGUUAAAAAUCAAGAAAGGUGAAGAUGUUUUAUUAAUGCAAUUAGCCAGAUUUUGGGGUUGCUUGUUAUCACUGGGGGCUUCAUGGGCUGUUCAUCAGUUUUGUCCUGGCUUACGACAUUGUAAAUAGAUGCUCAAUAAAAGAAACU